CUCCCUCCCUCACGCUCAUAGUUGCAUUCUCAUAUACUAUACUUGAAGGAACAAAAGUCCUUGGUCGUAGCAAACAUCAGAAGAGCAAGAGCAGAGCAGAGUAGAAUAUAAAAUGUCCGACGCAGAGUUCAAAGAAGCCUUCUCCCUCUUCGACAAGAAGGGUACCGGCCGCAUUCCAGCGCAGUCUCUUGGAGACCUGCUGCGUGCCCUGGGACAGAACCCGACACAGGCCGAGGUGGGGGAUCUGGUGGCACAGGUGGGGGGCAAGGAUGUGGACUACCAAACAUUCGUGAACAUCCUGCACCGUCCGAAUGGCUUCAAACCAGCUGGCACACCGGAGGAAUUCAUCCGAGGCUUCCAAGUCUUCGACAAGGAGGGCAACGGAUACAUCGGUGUGGGUGAGCUGCGAUACGUCCUUACCUCUCUGGGCGAGAAGCUGAGCGACGAGGAGGUGGACGAGCUGCUGAAGGGUGUUCAGGUCGGCAAUGAUGGCAACAUCAACUACGAGUCUUUCGUUCGACAGAUCCUUGCUCAGUAGAUGGGCGGUUGCAAUCUCUAGGGGUGGCAGAGGCAUCGCUCUGAUCUCGGUCUCUUGUCACUUUCGCCUUCACGUCUGUCUCCCACUCUUUCCUUCCCGCGGCUAUCACUGUCUGGCAGCUUCGAUAUCCGCUCGAUCAGCUUGUCGUGUGUGGUAAUGACGAAUGAGCAUAGCA